CGCUGAAAUUCCAUUUCAAUAUCAAACUUUAAAAUGUUGUUUAUACCUAACAAAUGUAGUAUGUUGUCACAAUUUUGUUAAAAGAGUUUUUUUGGUGUCGUGAGCAGCAUACUCAAAUAAUCGCAGGCAUAGUAGUGAGCAGCAUACCAGACUUCAAAUAAAAAAAGAAGCGACUGCGCAAUUAGCUUGAAUUCAAAUUUAAAUCAAUUGAUAGAAAAUAACGAAAAUGAAUACACCGGGCGUCAGCCUGUUCCAAGGCGCCGAGACAAUGAAGGUCAAUUCAACACUGGAGCGACAGGAAGAGGAGGAAGCGCUGCAAGAUCAAAAACGCCGCGAAGCGGAGCUGGGGAAUUUAUUGGAAAAUGCUUUUGAUGAUUUGGAAGACGACGAGGACGAGAGCACAGUUGACUCGACAACAAAUUUUCCGUCGAACAUACUGCCGCCGCCUCUGCCCCUUCUGCCCGCGCUGUCGGAACAGCAGCAGCUGCAACAGCAGCCGCAACAACAAUUGGACUACGUGAAUGCCAGCGACAUGCAUAAGCUUAAAAUGUUACUGGAGUCCAAGACGCAUGAGCUUAACAAUAUCAACAAGCUGGCGUCGGAUGCCCGCACGAAAGCCCAUGAGUUGCAAAAGCGUUUGAGCAUGGCAGAGGCUGAGCUGGAGCGGGCUCGGCUGGAGAAACAGCACACCCAUGAACUGCUCGUGGAGAGCAAGGAGAAGUGCUCGAAUCUGGACAAUAAUAUAGAGAAGCUUCGCGGUGAAAAGAAGGCACUGGAAACAGAGAACACACAACUAGUUGGUAAGCUGGAGACGGUUCAAACCGUUCUGGACGAUGUACAGCGUAAAUAUGACAUGGUGGAGCGGGAUAAGCAUAGACGAGACGAUCGCAAUGUUGAAUUACGGGUGAAGCAGCUGGAGGAUCAUCAUAGUGCUCAAACCGAACUCAGUCAGCGCCAGUUAAGUCAAAUCUCUGAUCAACUAGACAAAAAGCAACAGGAACUGGAUCAAAUGCAUAUGCGAUACAAUGCCUUGCAUAAGAGCCAUGAGAACAUGCUCUUGGAGAAGGCCCAAAAGAUAAAUGAGCUAAAUGAGGCAUUGGAUGUUGCGCAGCGUCGCUCCAAUCAGCUGGCGGUCAAACAAAACUAUGAGACUGAGUGCACACGUCAGAAGCAAUGCAUUGUCGAUCUGCAUGGACAGAUUGCCCAGAUGGAGCAGACAAUUGCAGAGCUGACGGAUCGUCUGAAUGGCACCACAGCCGAAAUGGAUUUAAUGGAUACACUUAUACAACAGCAUCAGUCUGAAUCAGAGACACCCAAUCGUCUGCCGUCACAUCUGUCAGGGAGCACUCCAUUAAAUCCAGCUGAACGUAUGUCCAAGUUCAAGCAGGAUUUCUAUCGCACGUUUGCCAUGAUGAAGAGCAAACGGGAGGAGGUGCGCAAGUUGGAGAAACAGUUGGAAGAUCGCACUAACGAAUUACGCAAGCUGCGGGAAGCGGAGAACAAAAUGUUGGUGCAGUUGGAAACAUUGAGGGAUGAGAAGAUGCGUUUGGAGAAUCGGUUUAAGGUGUUGCAGGAGCAAUUGGAAGAACGCCAGCACAAUUCAUCUCUGAGCACUUCGAAGCUGCAAAGUGAAUUGGACACAGUGAUAGCCGAACGUGAUGCACUGCGUCAGAAAACGCAAGACCAAGCUGUUGAACAUCAGAAACUCGACAAGCAUCUUAAACAAGUGCAAUUGGAUUUGGAUGAACUGCAGCAGGAACACGAGAAUCUAAAGCGCAAACAUAAUCAACUCAUCGAUGACAAUCGUGAACUACGUGUGCGUUCCACCGCUGAUACCUUGCGUCUGGAGCUGGAGCGGCACAAGAUAUUGCUAAAGGAUGCACAGGGUGAGGUGGACCGCUUGAAAAAAUUAUAUUCGGACAUUUCCAACGACAAGGAGAGUCUAAAUUAUCAGCUACGUAAGUUGUCGGAAACGGAUACCAUUAAGGAGCUGCAGGAGCAGCGUCAACAUUUGUCCCAACUCCAGCGGAAUCUGCAGCUGGCAGAGCUCAAGUCACAGGAGCUAGCGAAGAUACUCGCCACGGAGAAGCUUCAACACGAGCGAGAGCUGGAAACUGCGCGCGAAAAAUGGGAGCGCCAGAAGAACGAAGAAGAGUUGGCCAAGACCAAAGCCAAAGAAGGUUCCAACAAUUGCAGCAAAUGCGGUGAUCAGUUGGCUGAGAUCACCAAGAUGGAAAUCCAAGUGCUUAAGUUGCAGAAUUUAAACUCGAUGCAGUCCAAGAAAUUGGACGAGCUGACAAGUGAACUGGAGCAAUCAAAGACACUCAAGCUGGAGUUGGAGGUGAAGAUGAAGGAGGUACAGGAACAGGCAGAACUCCAAGAGCAUUUCAGUCCCAUUAAGCAGUCGGCCUGUACCUCUGACGGAGCUGGUGAUGGUGCUCAUGUUGGAGCCUCACCAGCAUCGCCAGAGAUUAGCCAAGCGCGGAUCAAGCAAAUCGAACAACGGGUUCGGGAUGAGAUGGCCAAGUUAUUUGCCGCCGAGUUGAAACGCUAUACAACGCGAAUGCAGCAGUCGGAGGAGCGAAGCUUGUGUCUCCAUCGGGAGUAUCAAUUGGUCUGUCGGGACUUACAGCAACGCCAAACGGAGGUGGAGCUGCUGAAGCAAACGAUACUCGCUGAACGGGAACAAAUGCAGGAGCUGCUGGGCGAGAAGGAUGAGAAACACAAACAAAUGCUGCAAAAGUGCCGCAACGAGCUGCAAGCGAAGAGUCAACGGAUUAACGACUUGAUCCGAGAAAUGGAUGAACAGCAUGCGAGCAUCGAAUCAGAGCGUCGUUCCAUGAAGACUGUAAUGGCCGAAUGGGACAAACAGAAACAAUCCAUCGAAGAGGUGGAAGAGCAUUGGCGCAACCAGGUUCAAACACUGCGCGAAGCCCACGAGGAGGCGCUGCAAGCCGUCCAACAGCGUUACCAAAGCGCCAAGCGAACUGCGCAGAAUUACAAGAUAUACGCCGAGGAUAAGGAUGCGCACAUGAAGCGAGAGUAUGACCGAAUCAAGCAGGAAUAUCAUAACUCCCUCACCAAAAUUGAGGCAACAAUGCAAAAGCAUUUCCAGCGCAAAAGCCGCGAGCUAGAGAAUCAAGAAAAGCGCAAAGACAAUGAUAAGGAAAAUGAACCCUGCAAUCGUUAAUUAUAAUCUAUGUUUAGUCAAUUGUUUAUACAUAAUUCAUAACUACUUAUACAAUUGUUUUAUAUGCACAUGAAUAGAUUUAUUCCAUAUCGAUGUAUUCCAACUAGUGUUGUCAGUACAUCUUUUUCUACUCAAAAUUGUACUGAUUAAAAUAAUGGGAUGAUUGGUUUCCAAAUUAUUAAAUCAUGAUGAUUCUGUUAA